AUGCUGGACAUGAGCGAGGCCCGCGCCCAGCCGCCCUGCAGCCCGUCCGGCACCGCCAGCUCCAUGUCGCACGUGGAGGACUCGGACUCCGACGCGCCGCCGUCGCCUGCGGGCUCCGAGGGCCUGGGCCGCGCGGCGGGCGCGGGGGGCGGCGGCCGGGGCGACGCGGCCGAGGCGGCGGACGAGCGCUUCCCGGCCUGCAUCCGCGACGCCGUGUCGCAGGUGCUCAAGGGCUACGACUGGAGCCUGGUGCCCAUGCCGGUGCGCGGCGGCGGCGGCGGCGCGCUGAAGGCGAAGCCGCACGUGAAGCGGCCCAUGAACGCGUUCAUGGUGUGGGCGCAGGCGGCGCGCCGCAAGCUGGCCGAUCAGUACCCGCACCUGCACAACGCCGAGCUCAGCAAGACGCUGGGCAAGCUGUGGCGCUUGCUGAGCGAGAGUGAGAAGCGCCCCUUCGUGGAGGAGGCGGAGCGGCUGCGGGUCCAGCACAAGAAAGACCAUCCGGAUUACAAGUACCAGCCGCGCCGCAGGAAGAGCGUGAAAGCAGGCCAGGGCGACUCUGACUCCGGAGUCGAGCUGGGCCCCCAUCCCGGGGGUGCCGUGUACAAGGCAGACGCGGGCCUCGGUGACGCGCACCACCACAGCGACCACACAGGGCAGACCCACGGGCCGCCCACCCCGCCCACCACCCCCAAGACAGACCUGCACCCCGGGGGCAAGCCAGAGCUGAAGCUGGAAGGCCGCCGUCUGGCAGACAGCGGGCGCCAGAACAUCGACUUCAGCAACGUGGACAUCUCAGAGCUGAGCAGCGAGGUCAUCGGCAACAUGGACACCUUCGAUGUGCACGAGUUCGACCAGUACCUGCCCCUCAAUGGCCACUCGGCCGUGCCCACAGAGCCAGGCCAGCCUGCCGCCGGCUCCUACGGGGGUGCCUCCUACUCACACUCGGGGGCAGCCGGCCUCGGGGCGUCGCCUGUGUGGGCCCACAAGGGGGCCCCGUCGGCCUCGGGGUCGCCCACCGAGACGGGCCCCCCGCGGCCGCACAUCAAGACGGAGCAGCUGAGCCCCGGCCACUACGGCGACCAGUCACAUGGCUCCCCCGGCCGCGCCGACUAUGGCUCCUACAGUGGCCAGGCCAGCGUGACCACGGCGGCCCCAGCCUCGGCCGCCAGCUCCUUCACCAGCUCGCAGUGCGACUACACCGACCUGCAGGCGCCCAGCUACUACAGCCCGUACCCCGGCUGCCCCCCCAGCCUCUACCAGUGCCCCUACUUCCACCCUUCCCGGCGGCCCUACGCCUCGCCCUUGCUCAGCGGCCUCUCCGUGCCGCCCGCCCACAGCCCCCCUGGCAAUUGGGACCAGCCCGUGUACACUACCCUGAGCCGACCCUGAGGCGCUGUGGCCCGUGGCCGCGGAGGGGCUGGCGUCGGUGAGCCAGGACCCGUAUCUCGGCAGAGGCACGCAGAGCCUCCGGCCUUCCGGACGGGGUGCCGCGGCGGGGGGAGAAGAGAUGGCGGCUCCGGCAAGUGCCUGCUGACGUCUGCGGGAGAGCACGCUCCGUGCCCGGUGCCCGUGGCUUCCAGAUCACCACACGCCCUGCAGCCGACAAAGCCCUCUUCCCCUUCUCGCUCACCCUUGGUGGCUCUGGACGAGGGACGGCCGGUGGGCCCUCUUCCCUGCUGACGGCAGCCCCUUGGUUUCGCAUGUCGGUGGACACAAAGCAGCCACAGCACAAGACAUAAAGGAGGGAAGAGGCGCGGGCGGGGGGCUCCGUGUUCCGGGGUCCCUGCCAGCCUCGCACCGGGAACCACGGGACUGACGGGCGCCGUCCCUGCUGCGAGCGGCAUCCGCCUGGCGAGAUGGCGUCUGCGGGAGCACCUCUCGGGACCAGCCCGUCAGAUCCGAGGUGCUCCCACGAUGCAGGCUCUUCCCAGCAAGGUUUGGCUGUGACUAACGCUUCCCUCUUUUUAUUUUAUUUUAUUUUUUAAUUUUUAUUUUUGAAGCUUAAACACGUUCGAUUUGUUUUGGAAGCUGUUGAAAUGUAUUUAUGUUCUGUAUUAUUUUAUCUUUAAUUAAUGAAGUAAUUUGUGCAGAAAGUAGAAUUUCAGACGAAACGGAGGCUGGGUUGCUGAGCGCCAGGGCCAGGAGGAGGCGCGGGGAGGGGGCCCUGGGGCUCCAGGCUCCUGGGAGGUGGCCGGGACCCUGGGGGGCGGGGGGAGUGGUUGGCUGGUAGUGUCCGUGACCGGGCCAGGGGUCCGUGGCACCCGUGUGAAGUCGAGGCUUAGAGGGCAUGGGUGUCCCUGGACUCCAUCCCUGCCCACGACUGUGCCAGGUGGGGGACUGGGAUUUCCCGGGAGGGGGUGGCUGGAGAAGCCCGUGAAUCUCAGCUCUUAGGGCCCAGACGCCACCUACAAGCUGUGAAACUAAAACCUUCUCCACUAAGUGUUUCGAGUCUUAGCUGUAGAAGAAUAACACCCGAUGUACGCGUGCCGCUUCUGCUGUGUGCCCAGCAACGGUAACUGCCUAUUCAUGGAAACUUGUGCCUUUAAAACUUUGUACAUUUAAAGACAUCUGAGAAGUUGCUUCUUUUUACUUUUUCUACUUUUUCCUACCUUUUUCUAGAAGAAAAAAGAU